UCCCAAAUCUUCCUUACGUACCCAAUUCUGAUCUUCUUUCAUAAUAAUAACAAUAAUAAUCUCACAAUCCUCUUUAAAUUCCCUUUAAUUAUAUUUGCCACCUUGUUUAUUUCUUUAGGAAGUUGGAAAGAGAAAAUGUUAUCUUCAUUACAAGGUUGUAAUGGGUUUUUAGAGCGUGAAAAUUCUGUGCAACUUGUUCAUCAGAGGAAUAGCAAGGUGGUUGAUGAAUAUGGAAAAUCAACAAGGAAAAAUAAAUCAAAAGAUGCAGCUUUAACACAUGCUAUGGCGGAGCGCAAACGCAGAGAAAGAAUUAAUGCUCAUCUUCAUACUCUCAAGAAACUCUUUCCCCAUCUCCCUAAAAAGGACAAAUCAAGAGUACUAACGGAGGCAGUCACUCAGCUUAAAGAACUAAGGAAGAAGGUAGCCCAACAAAUGGAAACCCAAAAAGAUAGUGAAGGAAACUACAAUGGAUUGUCAUCUUUCUUUCUACCCGGUGAAAAUGAUGAAGUAUUAGUAAAUUACUCUAAAGAAAGUGACAGUGAUGAACGAACGGUCAAAGCUACGGUUUGUUGCGAGGAUAGACCGGGGUUGAACCGGGACUUAUCGGUGGCGGUUCGAUUAGUUCAAGGGCGGGUGAUCAAGGCAGAGAUGGCAACGGUCGGAGGCCGGACAAAGGCGGAGAUGGUGGUAGUGUUGUGUAAGGUUGGUGGAGGAGAAAAAGACAUUGCACAACUUAGACGGGCUUUAAAGUCCGUUGUGGAAAAUAGGGCUUUGGGCUUGGGAAGUUCUCUGAAUUUGGGCCGUAGAUUGGGUGAUAAUAAAUGGGCUUGUUUUGGUGGACUUGAGUAAAAAUUGUAUGGGAUAGCCACUUUUUAAAGUGCUAUUUACAUUUUAUCCAGCAUUUUCAAUGCUUACCAAUAGU